CUCCCUGUGUGUGUGUGUGUUUGUCAUUAAGCAGAGUUGAGGCUCCGGGCACCGCAGUACACCAGGGACAGAAAGAGAGAGAUCCGUCACACGGACACAAGAGGACAGGAGCCUCAAGCACUCACCAACCUUACUGUUGGACUUAUUCUCCCACGACCACCUGCUGCUCUGGGAUCUACUGGAGCUGCAGGACCCAGACCUCCUCUGGACACAGUGGUCUCUCUCUCCCCUGGAAAAGCCUGAAACAUGGCCCACAUCCAGGGUGUCCAGAAGAAGACCAGCACCAUGUCUCUGACCAUCUCCUCCUGCAGAGAGAUCUCCUCUUCAUCCUCCUCCUCUUCCUCCUCCGCCGCCACCAUCCUCCAGCAGAGACAGUCGACGCUGGUGCAGCCCCUCUGUAUCAGCCCUCAGAGGACUCAAAGCCCCUCUUACUCCCAACAGUACACAGGCAGUGGGGGCGUGGCCCCAACCUUUGUCAAGUGUCUCCAUGACGUCACCACAGUGAAGGGGCAGCUGGUGGUGCUGGAGUGUCGUAUCCGGGGGACACCACCGCUGCAGGUGCUCUGGUACCGCGAGGACGAGCAGAUCCUGGACUCUGCCGACUUCAGGAUCCUCCGGAAGAAGGCCAGCUCAGUGUCAGUCCCAGAGGAGCUGUGCACCCUGGUGAUCACAGAGGCGUUCCCGGAGGAUUCUGGGAUGUUCAAGUGCAUGGCUCUGAACCAGUAUGGGACAGUGUCCUGCAGUGCCCUGCUGGAGGUCUACAUGGACCUUGAGGAGCAGCUGGAGAACGAGUGCCCUCCUCCUCAACAAGCCCACCACCCGGUCCAACAGCCAUACAACCCCCCCUACGACCUCCCCUACGACCCCUCUUACGACCCCCCCUACGAGCCCCCCUUUGAGCCCCCCUACGAGCCGCCCUACCAGCAACAGCCCCUGCAGCAGACCCCGCCCCUUCUCCACCAGCAGCCUCCCAGGCAGGAGCAGGAGAGCAGCCCAUCGCUGCUGUGUGACACCUCAGCCAUCCCCCCUCCAGAGUGGCCCGACAGCCCCCUGGAGGACAGUUGUUUUCCGCUGGAGGAAGACUUCCCGGACUCCCAGCCAGCAAGUCAGAGUGCAGACGAGGCCUUCGGCCCCAGCGAGGAGAGCGCACUCAGUUCCGAGGGUCAAAGGUCACCCGAGCUCGCCCGCACGCCCACCCCACCGCCACCGCCCCCCUGCACCACAACCUCGACCCCACCCCAGCCGGUCUCGGCCAGACAGCCCACCCCCAAGCUGUUCACCCCCAGCAGGCCGUGCUUGCCAAGCGGAGGGGAGUCCACUGGGGGCAGUAUGAGCAGAACCGACCUGCCCACCUUCUCCCCCAGCCUCUACCCCCCCACCGCCUUCAACUACGCCCGGCCCCGCCACUUCAUACAGUCACAGCCUCAGUUCCAGGCCCCCAGCUAUGAGAGCGCCCAGGCCCUUCCCCAGGCCCCACCGCAGAACCAGACCCAGACCCAUCCCCAGGUCCCGAUCCAGCCCCUUGCCCAACCCCAGGUUCCUCCCCAGGCCAAUGGCAACAGCAAGGUCUCCCCCUCCUCCUCCAGCCUCAGCUCCCCCAUCUCCUCCGCCCCUGCCCCCACCUUCCCCACCACCUCCCCUCCCUACACUUCCCCUCCCUCCGCCUCCCAGCCCCCCUCCGCCCCGCCCGACUCCCCCUCCCGUGGCCCCAUGCGCUCCACCAUCACCCUGAUCCCCAGGGUGCCCAGUGUGGGCGCUGGCAGUGCCACCAUCAGCACCCAGCCGGAGAGGCCCUCCCCGGCCGCUUACCUCUGCUCCGUCCUGCCCUCCCAGUCCAAGCUCUCCCCCACCCUCCCCUUCCCAUUAUGGGGAAAACGCCACUCGGGGAAGGAUGGGAACGAGGGAUCCGCCAUCCAGGAGAAGUGCUACGCUCCUCGCUUCCUCCAGGUCCCCCAGGACCUCACAGUGGAGGAGGGACGCUUCUGCAGGAUCGACUUCAAGGUGGGCGGGCUGCCCACACCAGAUGUGUGCUGGUACCUCGAUGGCAAAGCCAUCCGACCGGACGACUACCACAAGAUGCUGGUGUGUGAGAAGAGCAUGCACUCCUUCAUCAUCGAGAUAGUCACCGUGCACCACGCCGGCGUGUACGAGUGUGUGGCCAGGAACCGAGCCGGGGAGGGCCGCUUCACCAUGAGGCUGGACGUGCUGGCCCAGGAAGUGCUGCGCCCCCCCACCUUCAUCCAGAAGAUGCUGAACCAGCGAGCGCUUGAGGGGGACACGGUCAGGCUAGAGUGCAAGGUGGACGCCUCCCCGCCCCCCCAGCUGCACUGGAAGAAGGACAAGGACAUGCUUCGCAUCGACCCCAACAGGAUGAGUCUGUACCAGGACGGCUCGGGGCGCCAGUGUCUGCUGCUGGAGCGGGUGGAGAAGGUGGAUGCAGGCUGGUACACCCUGUCUGCGAUCAACGAGGCGGGCAUGUCCACCUGCAACGCCAGGCUGGACGUAGGGACUCGUGUGAACAAACCUGCCCCUGCUGGUAAGAAGCUGAAACAGCUGAGCCACCUACCCAUCCUGACAAUGGAGCCCCCCCCCCAGCACACCGCCCCCCUGUACGAGAGCGAGGAACUCUAGACCCCUCACACACACACACACACGUGCACAUUUGACUCCUGACUGAAACCAGCCCGCCCCCGGCCUUCUACCUCCCUACCUCACCCCCCCCCCCCCCCCCCCCCCUGCUCAUGUGGAUGUCCUCACCCCCUCCCCCCUGCCUCUCAGAUCUCACCAGCCCUGGGAAAGCGUUCAGCCUCACUGUAGCCACGUUACCAUGACACAGAAGUCGGCAUAACAACCGCAGUGUGGCUGUGAUGCAGGACUCUCACACCAAACCAACCAGACCCCCAGAAUGGUCAGCUGCACUUUAAAACCCCCCCACCACCACCAUUGGUCAUUUAGAGAGACCUCUCUCUCACACACACCCACUACACACACACACCAUCUCCUCUGUAUGGCUGGGCUGACUGGAGAUGUCGUUAAAUGAUAACGUGACACCGUCAGAAUGGUGACAUCACAAAACCCACUUGGCAGACACAUCACCAGUUGCCGUCCCUGUUGUUUGCUGUUGUUAGCUGAUAGAGAAUAAGAUAAGCUGUAUCGUCCAGAUAUGUACGUGUUUGUUUGGAGUUCCUUUAAGAAGAGGCUUGUUUGGGUCAGAGUCGCGCCAGUGAGAAUGUGUCUCAACUACUAUAUCUGUUAUAACGAAAAGUCAAAUGGACUGUUUUAAUGUGUUAAUAAAGCUAUUUAUUCUGAAAAAUCCUUAUAUGGAGUACAUGGUUGUGUAAACCUGUUGAGUUCCCCACCUGCAGGUCUAUAUCUACCAUAGUACACCUCUUUACCUGUGUCUACAGUGUUGUCUUGUAUCGGUGUGCAUGAUGUGAAACUGAAUGAAUGAGUAAUAAAGUUUCUCU